AUGUUCAAACGAUUAGUCAUUCUAUUCUUCAACCUCUUGUUCCCACCUCUGGCGGUGUUUCUCCUCACGGGGUUCGAUGCCGACUUUGCCAUGAACUGCGUCCUCUUCAUCCUUGCCGUCAUCCCGUCGCACAUUCACGGCAUGUACAUCAGCUUUGUCUACUUUAGCCGCAAGAACAAGGUGCGCAAGGGCCGCUGGCCGGGCAAGCGACGUGCUUUUAUCUACAGCGAAAAGGUCCAGCGCGGUGGCGCUACCCAGGCGCAGCUGGACGAGAUCACGGCCAUGGAAAAGCAACGCGCUCAGCCCAAGAGUGCACGGAAGGUUCAGCGCGAGUGGCACAGGAGCGGUUGA